CCUUCCCUCCCUACUUUUCUCACUCCCAAUUCUCUUUUCCUUUCUUUCAUCUUGAAAACCUCUGCAUUUCAUCUCAUCUCCUUGGGCAAAAAACAGAGCCAUGGCAGAUGUACUCCUCUCCUCUCUCUUACAGACAAUCUUCACAACCUUGACCUCCUCAGCCCUGCAGCAGUUCGGAAUAGCUUGGGGCCUCGAAAAAGAGCUGAAGGAUCUGGAGAGUACUUUGAGUACAAUCCAGGCAGUGCUUGUUGAUGCAGAGGCCAAGCAAUGGACGAGCGAGCCCGUCAAGAAUUGGGUCCGAAAGCUCAAGGAUUCAGCUUACGAUGCCGACAACGUGUUGGACGAAUUUGCCACCGAAGCCCUCAAACGAAAACUGGAUUCUCAGAUACACCGAGUAAGUGCCUUUUUCUCUCUUCCAAAUCGGCUUAUAUUUCGCUUGAAGAUGGGGAAUAAGAUUAAGGGUGUUAAGGAGAGUUUGGAUAGAAUUGCUGGAGAGAGAAGUUUUCACUUGAGGGAGGGAUUGUUGGUGUCCGAAUUUCGUUCGGUGGAGAGAAGACAGACUAGUUCCUUUGUGAAUGAAUCUGAAAUUCUUGGAAGGAAUGACGAGAAAGAAAUGAUAAUUACCAUGUUACUCGAUGAUUUGAGCGACCGCGAUGGUGUUUCGGUGUGUGCUGUAUGGGGCAUGGGGGGCCUCGGCAAGACUACACUCGCUGGAUUGGUGUACAAUGAUAAGAGGGUGGAGGGGCACUUCGAUUUAAGACUUUGGGUUUGCGUGUCUGAUGAUUUCGACAUAGAGAGACUAACGCGAGUGAUUGUAGAGUCCAUAGAAGGAGGCACAUGCAAUAUCACGAACUUGGAUCUACUCCAGCGCCGCCUCCGAGAAAAAUUGAGUGGCAGGAGAUAUUUGCUUGUCUUGGACGACGUGUGGAAUGAGUACCAUGAGAAUUGGGAUAGGCUAAAAGACGUACUUAGGUUUGGAGCUAAAGGCAGUAAGGUUGUAGUGACAACAAGGAUUCAGAAAGUUGCUCAAAUUAUGGCUACGCUUCCUGUGCACCUUAUGGUUGGUCUAUCGGAGGAUGAUUCUUGGUCCUUGUUUGAGCAACGAGCUUUUGACAAUCGAAGGAUGGAGGAAGACCAUGAGCUGUUUGAGAUUGGGACGGCGAUAGUCAAAAAAUGCGGAGGGCUAUGA